AUGCAUGCCGGCAGGGCUUAUAUAGUGACCGGCGGGUCAUCAGGGAUGGGCUUGGCUGUUGUGAAAAAGCUCCUCGGCGUAUCUGCCACAGUCCACGCCAUUGACAAAGCCGCAGAGAUGCCAACCAUCUCCUCUGCCAAUCCCGACCGACUUCACUUCCACCCCAACAUCGACGUGAGCUCGAACGAGAAAGUAACGCAGACGUUCGAAUCCAUCAUAAAAGUCUCUCCCGUGAUCAACGGGUUGGUCAACUGCGCAGGCAUUAUCCUCCCCACCAACAUCCUCGAGCCGGUGGAGAACUUCAACAAAGUGAUGGCAGUCAACGUCGGCGGGACAUGGAAUGUAGGGACAGCUUACUUGCGGUACGUGUUGGAACGACAUCCAGAAACCAUGCGCAAUAGAGAAGAAGGGUCCGUUCCGGAGGGAAUUGGAAGUUUGGUGAAUAUCGGAUCUACGGCGUCUUUGUUUGGAGGCCCGGGAAUUGCAUCCUAUUGUGCAAGCAAGCAUGCUGUUCUGGGGCUCACGAGGACAUGGGCAAAAGAUUUCGGCGACAAAGGGGUCAGGGUCAAUUGUGUUGCGCCUGGGGGAACGGAUACCCCCUUGCUUGAGCGUGUGCCUCCGGGCUUUGUCGAUCAUUACGUCAAGAAUGUGCCGCUGAGGAGACUGGCUAGGCCGGAGGAGAUUGCGAAUACGGUCGCCUUCUUGCUCAGCGAUGAUGCUUCGUACAUUAAUGGGCAGAUUAUUCCUGUUGAGGGUGGGUUCCAUUAGUGUUCGUCUCCAUACCUUGAUUGCCGAUAUCA